CGGGCAGGGCGGGCAUGGCGGCGCGCUGAGAUGAAAGUGACCGUGUGCUUCGGGCGGACCGGCAUCGUGGUGCCCUGCAAGGACGGGCAGCUCCGCGUGCGGGACCUGACCCAGCAGGCGCUGCAGCGCUACCGCAAGGCCCAGGAGAAGGAUCCAACUUCCUGGGUAAAUAUUCACCACCUGGAGUAUACAGAUGGAGGAAUCCUGGACCCAGAUGAUGUGCUGGCAGAUGUUGUGGAAGACAAAGAUAAGCUGAUUGCUGUUUAUGACGAACAAGAAACUCACCAUAAGACUGAUGGCACCAAUGGCAAUUUGACAGACAGAAACAGCCCAGACUCUUUUGAGACAGAGGUGGCAACUCAGCUGGCAGCCUUUCAGCCCAUUGGUGAGAUUGAAGUGACUCCUUCUGCCCUAAAACUGGGAACACCACUUCUAGUGCGAAGGAGCAGUGAUCCAGCUUUGGGCGCACCUGCUGAUUUCCCAAGUGCUUCUCAUCCCAGUGACCACAGCCUCAAGCAUGUCGUGGCAAGUGCUUCCCAGGCAUCCUUUCAGGAUGGGGAGAUGAACCUCACUGGACCCACAGAACUGUUGUUGGCUCAGAGGGCCCGACUCCCUGUCAGUGAAAUGACAAAAAUCGUGGAGAUUUCUGGGGAAGGUGGACCCUUGGGAAUACAUGUAGUGCCCUUCUUUUCAUCCUUGAGUGGGAGGAUGCUGGGACUCUUCAUCCGUGGUAUUGAAGAAAACAGCAGAUCCAGGCGUGAUGGUCUUUUCCAUGAAAAUGAAUGCAUUGUGAAGAUCAACCACACGGACCUUACAGAUAAAACCUUUGCACAGGCUCAGGACAUCUUCCGUCAGGCGAUGAAAUUUCAAAGUGUUAUCUUAGAAGUCCUUCCUCCCUAUAACCGAGAGCAAUACGAGAAGUCUGCUAUCGCUCCCCUUUUUCUGGAUAACGAAGAAGGAGUUCCAAAAGCAAAGAUACCACCUCCUGUUCAUCCAAAACCUGCUCUGAAAACAAUUAAUCUUUCUGGAGCAAGCAGCUUGGAGGCAGGUGCACAGGCAACGCUGCAACAAGCUAAGAGCCCCACCCUCCCCCGUCUGGGUAGAAAGCCAUCUUCUCCCUCACUGUCUCCCCUUAUGGGCUUUGGUAAUAAAAAAAAUGCAAAGAAAAUAAAGAUAGACCUGAAAAAAGGUCCAGAAGGACUUGGUUUCACUGUGGUUACCAGAGACUCUUCAGUACAUGGUCCUGGUCCAAUCUUUGUGAAGAAUAUUUUACCAAAAGGUGCAGCAGUAAAAGAUGGUCGUUUGCAGUCAGGAGACAGAAUCCUGGAGGUGAAUGGACGGGACAUCACUGGCAGGACCCAGGAAGAGCUGGUGGCUAUGCUGAGGAGCACAAAGCAAGGGGAAACCGUCUCUUUGAUUGUGGCUCGUCAGGAUGAGGCCUUUCUACCUCGAGAGCUGAAAGGAGAGCCAAACUGCAGUAUUUUUUCUCCAGAAGCCACAGAGCAGCUGACCUUUGAGAUUCCUCUGAAUGAUUCUGGCUCUGCUGGACUUGGUGUGAGCUUGAAAGGCAACAAAUCUCGUGAGACUGGAGCUGAUCUCGGGAUUUUCAUCAAAUCUGUUAUUCACGGAGGUGCUGCUUUUAAGGAUGGUCGUUUGCGAGUAAAUGAUCAACUCGUUGCAGUCAAUGGGGAGUCGCUGCUGGGCAAGUCAAACCGCGAGGCAAUGGAAACACUGAGGCGCUCCAUGUCCAUGGAAGGGAACAUUCGUGGGAGGAUCCAACUGGUAGUGCUCCGGAGACUAGAGGUGCAGACAGAGGAACGCUCAGACCAGGGAGUCUUUCAAAAAUCAGCCUUUGAUGGGAGUCAUAACUUUGCAGCUGCUCCCCGACGGAACGAUGCUGUUCUUCAGCAAUUCGUAACAUGCAGUCCUCAGGAGGGAAUAAAAGAGUUUUCAGUGUCUGAUCGUGGCAAUGGUGAAAACGAAACCCCUCCACCUCUCCCACCACAUCCCAGUGAGGAUCUGCUGAAUGAGAAUUAUAAUCAUAGCCCUUACAUAAAUUCAGCAGUGCAUUUAACAGAUCAGCACAUCAACUUCAGAUCUUUGACACCAGCCAAGCAGUCUGAAUCAAUUAAUCUGAAAGCCUCAAAAAGCAUGGAUCUGGUGGCAGAUGAAAGCAAAGUUGGUUUGUUGGCCGGACACAAAUCGGACUAUUCUGGCAAAGAUUUUGGCCCUACUCUGGGAUUAAAGAAGUCCAGUUCUCUUGAGAGCCUACAGACUGCCGUGGCUGAAGUUAGGAAGAACGAACUCCCUUUUCACAGACCCAGACCUCACGUGGUCCGGGGUCGGGGAUGUAAUGAGAGUUUCCGAGCUGCCAUCGACAAGUCUUACGAUGGACCUGAAGAUGGAGAAGAGGAUGGUUUCUCUGAUAAGAGCUCUCACUGUGGUCAAGAAGCUCAGAAUGUGGAAUCUGCCCCUCUGGGGAACCCUGAGACAGAAGAUGCAGAAAGCAAAGCAAAAAAAGAUAAAAAAAAUAGAGAGAAAGAGAAGAAAAAGGGCAAAUCUAAAAUCAAGGAGAAGAAAAGGAAAGAAGAAAAUGAAGAUCCAGAAAAGAAAAAGAAGAAAGGCUUUGGGGUCAUGUUGAGAUUUGGAAAGAAAAAAGAAGAUAGAAGUGGGAAAGCAGAUCAGAAUCCAAAGCAGGGCAUGCUUAAAGAGGAGGAGCUGGAGAAAAUGAAAGAUGAACGUGAAAGGAUUGGUGCAAAGCAUCAGGAGUUACGGCAGAAGCAACUGAGAGGCCUGAGUGAUUAUUCUACUGGUCCUGGAGGACCUGACAUCGAUGAUGAUGAGGUGGAUCCAAAUUAUGCCAGAGUAAACCACUUCCGAGAGGCUUAUCCAUCAGCAAGCAUCUACAGGCCAUCAUCACCAGCAGUAGCAGAAACCUUUGUAUAUCCACGUGAUUCUCCUUCAGCACCAAUGGAGAGGGAACAUUUGGAAGGACUGUAUGCAAAAAUAAACAAGCAGCACUACCCCCAGAUUUCUGGUGACAGUGGCUGUACAGGUAGUGGGAAUGCUGAUCGUAUCCAGAGGUUACGGAAGGAGUACCACCAGGCCAGGCGAGAAGGUUUACCUUUCUAUGAGGACGACGAAGGACGAACACAGCUGUCUGACUACGACCAGCGCUGGGUGCCUGGAAAGGGUCCAGAUGGGAGCUCAUACAAUCUUCACUUCGAGGGGAUGGAAAGGCAGUAUGCUUCGUUACCCAGGCGUGGACCUGCAGAGCCACUAGAAUAUUUAACAGGGCCACGAGUAACAUACAAAGAGAGAGAUCUUCCCUACUACCAAGGAGGACAGCCUGUUAUCCACCCAUCUAAGGGGAACCACAUCCGCGCACCGGACACAAGAGUGGCAGAAUUGAGGUACCCCCAGUAUUACCCAGCCCAGCCCGUCACAAACCAGCAUAAAGGACCCCUCCGACAAGACGUGCCACCUUCCCCUCCUCAGUCCCACCGAGCACCAGCUUAUCAUGAAAUUGUCCGACACCGUGGGACCAGUCCAGACCACUACCAGUACAGGCAACAGGAUCCCAGGCAGAAGAACCCCAUGACUGCAGCUGUAUAGCCAUGCACUGGACUCGCCAGCAGAGCCCAGGAGGAGUCCCAUCGGACAUCAUCCUUGUAGAAUUGUUCCCAAGCAUAGCUGCCUGUAAGAAUGGCACACGAGACCUGGAGUCGUUCUUACUGAGCUGGGCUCAGCGUAGGUGCUUUCUAACAGGCGAACUAAAAGCCACGUGAGGUACGAAGUGUUUUGAGUAUGUGAGGUACCAGACAGUUGUGUGUUUUUUAAUUCCUUUUAGAAAUAGAAAGUGGCUGCUGGAAAUGAAACACAACACUAAAUACACCUCAGGGCUAUUUACUGAAUCCAGUUACACCUAUACAGUACAUAGCUGUCUGUGUAAGGGCAGCAGAGUCACCAGAGUUUACUUCAGAGCGCUGUUGUAGAGCCUUUUAAGUGAGAACACAGCAUGCAGUAUGGAUGUCAUAUGGAGCUGGGGAUCUUGUGUAAUCCAGUGUGUGAUCAUGAGUUGACAAGGGACUACCACAGAAGUAGUGGCCACAUUCCAGCAGCUCUGUGCUUUAGGGAUGCUGCAGUUCCAGAUUUAUCAUCUGGUCUCUGUCUUCCUCUUUCUUUUUGGUGGUGGCAGCAUUUAUCUUGUAGCCUUUAUUUUUUGCAGUUUGUGAUCAAGAGUCUCAUUGCACUGCUGCAUUCGGAGUAAGACAAAAAACUUUAUCCUCUAUGCUUGGGCAGGCUCACAGAGGACAGGCAGCCAACCAGCCACCUGAGAACUGUGUCUGUGUGUGUGUGCUUGUGAAUGUUCCUUAGUUAUAUAGUGUGCACUCUUUAAUUGUAAACCCUGGAGAUCAGAUUCUCAGCUCCUGUCAGGAAGUGUCGUUCUUGGGGUAUCAGUGGAGCUGGCCUGUAAGAAGUGGCUGAGGAGGUGACUGUGGGCAUGAACUCCACAAUUCAUCUUAAGUUACUGUAUCUUAAGCAUUCUAAGUGCUGCCUUGGCUCCAUCAGGGCA